AUGGAAAUAAGUGGCUCUGUGGAACAAAAUGUACAAUAUUGCUUUCCGUCAAACAACGUAUCCUGCCUUAAAGAGAUACGAUCUCGAUCUGAAAUUAUAAUUCUGUACAGUUUCUUUGCAGCACUUUCGCUGUGUACUGUGUUUUUAAACCUGCUUGUGAUCAUCUCCAUCUCCCACUUCAAGCAGCUUCACACUCCCACUAACCUGGUCAUCCUCUCUCUUGCUGUGGCAGACUUUGUUGUUGGGGUUUUUGUGAUGCCUAUCGAAAGUGUCAGAUUAAUUGACAACUGCUGGUAUUUUGGUGUAACAUUUUGUUCAUUAUUUCCAUUCAUUAUUUACAUAGUUGUCUCUGCCUCACUUGGUAAUUUGGUUUUCAUAUCAAUUGACAGGUACAUAGCUGUAAGGGAUCCACUGAGGUAUCAUUCCAAAGUGACAAACCGAAAAACUCUGUUCUGUAUAUUCCUCAGUUGGUUUUGGGCCGUGCUAUAUGCUGUGAUUAAUUUAUAUGAUCAUAUGAAUCACCCAGUUGUUUACAGUUCAUGCUAUGGCCAUUGCAUAGUUGUCAUUGACUACACACUCGCCAUCAUUGAUCUCAUCAUUACUUUUCUUAGUCCAUGCACCGCCAUGAUUACUUUGUAUAUCAGAAUCUAUAUCACAGCCAGAAGACAAAUAACACUCAUAUCUACUGCAACUUUCAACGUAUACCACUCCACCGAAAAUGAGCUAACGACAGCAAAGAAAUCCGGACAUAAGGCUGCAAAGACUCUUGGCAUUGUUGUUUUCAUGUAUUUAAUUUGCUGGAUUCCGUAUUAUAUUUCUCUCCUCACGGAGAGCAGUGUAUCCACAUCCUCACUCAUGUUCAAUGUAUUCAGCUGGUUCACGUACAUUAAUUCUUGUAUAAAUCCUGUAAUUUACGCUCUCUUCUAUCCAUGGUUCAAAACAUCAGCACAACACAUCUUGACCCUUAAAAUACUCAACCCAUCAUCAUCUCUUAAAAACUUGUUUCCAGAGAAUCAAUAG